UGUGUCACACCCCAUGUACAUACUACUGAAGUACUAAAGAGUAAUCGACUAUGAGACACCCACGUGGCUCGUGUCUUUCACUCGUCCGGUCACGGAGCUUCACAUAAACGGCAGCGCAAACUCCAGAAUCUGUGUUUCACUUUCACUUUCGUUCAGGUUAAGGAUUUCAGAAGAUUUUGUGGAAUGUGGAGGAUUCAGCCCUAGUUUUAAUCUUCCAUGGAGUACGAAUCAGAUAAAAUGAUGCAUGACUUUGUAAGUGCAGGUUCAAGGGAUAAUAAUGAGAGCACUCCUGUGGAGGACAUAUUUGCUGACACCAGUCGUUCUGAGAUUGAUGGCAAAGAUGCUUUGAAAAAUUUUACAAGAGCCUCAGGAGAUGUUGCAGAGACAAAGAUAGCUGAUUGGAAAGAUGAAGAAAAUUGUCAAAAGGGUACACUUAAGGAAAUUGAUGCAUCUGGGGAUGUUAACAUGGAGGCAUCCAUAACAUCUGAUGAUGUUAUUCGGGCUGGAGGAUUUGGUGCCAGAGAUGAUAUCAGUAGCUUGCUUCCUGUUGCCAGUGAUUCUACUGACUUUGAAGCUUCAAUCCGUGAUGCACGAGAUUAUGAAGAACCACAGGGUGAAGUAAGUAGGCCUGGCCUUGGCUGGACUGGUGCUACAAAGGGGGAAUAAAUAUUGUUGCUGUUAUAUGCACUAGUGUUGGCUACUUUUUGUUGUUUUUAACUUGGGGGUGGGGGGUCAUAAUGCGUUUCUGUCUAAUAUUAACUGGUGCUUGUUAAAUUCAAAUGGUCACAUGAUGCUGAAAAAUAUCUUGUUAGUAAUAUUACCUCUAAAUGAUUUUCUUGCAAAAAUAGUUGGUCUGUUAGUUACUGUUUAGUUUGUCCUUGGGAAGGCUAGCAAAAAAUAGAUGAUUU